UAACCUAACUUUCUUCCGGCAUAUUAGUCACUUCAAACUUCCCUAAGUAAACCUGGAUUUUGUGAUCUAUUUUAAUAUUGAGAUUUUCAAGAGGAACUCAUAAAAUAUGCAGACUAUAAAAUGUGUUGUUGUUGGUGAUGGAGCUGUUGGUAAAACAUGUUUGCUUAUUUCCUACACAACUAAUAAAUUUCCAUCUGAGUAUGUUCCAACUGUCUUUGACAACUAUGCAGUAACUGUAAUGAUUGGUGGUGAGCCCUACACACUGGGUCUGUUUGAUACAGCAGGACAGGAAGAUUACGACAGACUAAGGCCACUGAGUUAUCCUCAAACUGACGUGUUUUUAGUUUGUUUCUCAGUUGUAUCCCCUUCUUCCUUUGAGAAUGUUAGAGAAAAGUGGGUUCCAGAAAUCACACAUCAUUGUCAAAGAACACCAUUUCUUUUAGUUGGGACUCAGAUAGAUUUAAGAGAUGAUGCUACAACAGUGGAGAAAUUGGCAAAAAACAAGCAAAAGCCUAUCUCUUCUGACAAUGGAGAGAGACUGGCUAGAGAGCUGAAGGCUGUCAAAUAUGUUGAGUGUUCUGCUCUAACACAAAAAGGGCUAAAAAAUGUGUUUGAUGAAGCAAUCUUAGCAGCACUUGAGCCCCCUGAACCCCCCAAGAAGAAGAAGUGCCUCAUUCUUUAAAUCUGAUAUACAAGUUAGAGUAUAGAACUUGAAAUCAAUGACGAAAUGUAACUUUUUUUCCUACUCUUCAUUGUGUACAAUACACUUUAACAUGUUAACACCUUGUUGUGGCAUUUUCUUAUGCCAGUAGUUUGAAAAAGUGGGCUGAAAUAACUUUUAUUAGUGGUCUGUAUAAUGGUACAGUCCAUAUUAAAAUGCGUGAAUAAAACAGGACAUGUUAGGGCAGUUUUGUUUGACAAGUUUCCUUGUCACUAUUAUAAUCAUUAGCUACAUUGUCUACAUAAUCAACCACCAUAAGAUUGUAUUAAUAGGGGGGUGGGGGGUGCAAGCAUUGUCUUUAUUAAACUGUAAUGACAGGUUACAACAGAUACAUGGGCCAGAGUGUGCUCUAGCAAGGGCUGGCUGAGCUCAGUGCCAAAUGACUAGAACAUUUUGUUCAUACAGCUCACCUGAAUGGGGUCAGAGCUAAUUAUUUUCUUUGAACAUUUGCAUGCAAACAAGUAGGUUUAGUGUUAAGAUCUGGGUGGAAUAGUUUCAUUAUGACAUCUGCAACUUUUGUGCAUGGUCCAUAUCUGAUUCACUUUGUAUGUAUUAUAUACUGUACUGUAAGUUAUUCUAUUUGUAUUUACCAUAAAGCACCAAUGAAAUGAUGUCUUAUUUUUAUAUCUUUCAUACAUUUGAGUCCAUUGUCCUGUUCAAUUAACUUUUAUCUGUAGCUGCUUUCCUAGCUAGAGAUCAUCUAAUGAUUCCAAUGGCUUGUGCUAGCUAGAGAUCAUCUAAUGAACAGAUCCUAUGUAUUCAUCAUACAAUUAUGUGUAGUGUAUGGUUCUCAUGUCUUCAAAUAUUCCAGUUUGUCAUUAUAACCAUUAUCAAAAAAACUGGUAAAUCAAAUUUGUUGACAACUUUUAUCUAGGACUCUUUAAUUUUUUUUAAUGCAUGUUCAAGAUUUGUGUACUAGGGGUACAAGCAAUUUUCAACUGGUGGAACUAUAAAAUGGUUGAAAUGAUUCAAUAAAAAAAAUGGAACUGA